AUUGUUAUAUGUGUUUUGGCUAUAUCAACUGGGACAAACAUGCGCAUGUCGUGUGACGUCCAGCUCUCUUCAUCUCCCAGUCUCAAGGUAGACUUACUAGUUCUCUGCUGUGUUACGAUGGCUUCACAGUCGUUAGUGUUUCUCUUUGUUCUGUCCCUGCCAUUUUGCUUUAGCUACUUUGUAUCGUGGAUUCUCUAUCAUUGGGCGAACAGGCCCAACCCUAAUGGGGUCAGCGAAAUCCCGCCGAGCCUGCCAGCGGCGAUUCCGGUCCUAGGUCAUACAAUCCCCUUCUUGUUUGAUAGUGUAUCAUUUGUGAGGAGGGCAACAUCCUAUGCGGGAAGAUUAACCUGCGUCCGAAUCUCACUGCCGUUGGCGGGUAUUUACCUCUUCCAGGAGCCUGAGGCAGUCGCCGCCUUAUGGAAACAUCCCCUACUUUCCAGUCCGAUAUACAUCUACACGGUAGGACUACGCUACCUGUUCGGCAUGAAGGAGGACCAAAUAGAAACAUAUACUGCCGACGACUCCGGGCCCUAUCGCAAGCCGCACCCUAAUAGCAACGUGCUCCCGCAUAACCGUGUCGACUACUUAACUCACGACUCGCUGUUACGAGGUCUAUCAGGAGCAGGACUAACACCUACCUUCCAGCGCUGUCAAGGCAUAAUCACUUCGCAGAUUAGCAGUUUAUCUAUUGAGGACGAAUGGAUCCAGAUGCCUGACCUGCUACAGUUCUUUCGAGACCAUGUAGGACGGGCGGUGCUCCAGUCCCUCUUCGGACCCCUCUUGAUCAGCGUCAACCCAACAUUUAUGGAAUGCCUGUGGGAGUUUGAUGCCGCAACUCCCUAUUUAGCCAAACGACUGCCACGAUGGCUUGUGCCAAGCGCCUACCGCGUACGGGAAUCGUUGCUCGACCAGAUCCAGAACUGGUAUCGGCAUGCUCGUGUACAUUUCCACGGGUCGCUGAUUGCGGAGGACGGAGAUGGAGACCCAUGCUGGGGGUCCCGAAUGAUGCGCGAGAGGCAAGAGUUUCUCUUGGCCGUAGACAGACAAGAUGAUGCCUCGCUAGCGUCCACCGACUUGGGCCUGAUCUGGACCUCCAUCACGAAUGUGGUGCCGACCGCCAUGAUGGCGGUUUUCCACAUCUUUCAGGAUCCUACACUUCUGUAUCGUGUCCGAGAGAGUAUUCAAGACCAUGACGUAGUCUCCUUUGAGCCUGAGCUUGCGGUUUCCAUGGACAAACUGUUGCAGAAUGAUCUCCUGCAAGCUGUUUACGCCGAGACGCUUCGACUCUACGUCCAAGCAUAUGUGACGCGCUGCUCCGCCCAUGAACCCGCGUCCGUGGGGCGCUGGUGGCUUGGGCAGAACGACGUCGUGAUGGUUAGCUCCUACGUGAAUCAUAUGCACGAGCAGCUGUGGAAUACAAAGGAUGGAGCCUACCCGGUCAACACAUUUUGGGCGGACCGGUUUCUGCUCCACCCCGCCGAUCCGCGCUCGGGCCCACGGCGGACGUGGAGAGACCAGGUUGACCCUUAUCACCACGUUAAUGGGGUUGGGAGCCAGCCCAGCUUCUCAAUGAAGGGGUUAGAGGGGGUGUGGAUCCCCUACGGUGGUGGCACCUCAGCUUGCCCCGGACGCAACUUCGCCAAGCGACUAAUUCUAUUCACCUGUGCAUUUUUCGUCAGCCAAUUCGAUGUUGAUAUUCAGGUCUCCUCCUUGGAUAUGGACAGCUCGACAUUUGGGCUAGGGACACAGAAGCCAAAGCACAAAGUCCCAUUCGCCAUUCGCCGCAGGACAAACCCCUGAGUCUAGCUAUACCGUACGUACUUAGGACCCUUUGUUAGGUGGGGGAAGAUUAGUCUGUUUUCUGGUGUAUCCACCAACGGGUAAGACAACAAGGGAUCAUCUUGGAUCAGCGAUUUAGUGUGAAAUUCAUAGAAUUUCGAUUGGUUUGCCACGGUGCGACGGUGUGGGGCAAGGCUCAAAUAAAAAAAGAAAGAAAGAAAGAAAGACAAAGGAUAAAAAGAAAAGAGAGGAAAAAAAGCAAAAAACAGACGAGGGGGUAGAACGAAAGUCAUGAGUUCUAUGGCGUGUGCUAUAUCUCGUUAGUACCAAGGUUAAGCAUAUAGUCGAGACAUUCCACUGCCUCUCAUUGGAGCAUUCCUCCCAUGGGGAUACUCCGUGUUCUAUUCCCAUAUUGGGCAUUCGUUUGCUUCUGUUAUUUGUCGGGUGCAGCCGGUGUUAGGUGAAGAUCCCCCCCCAUCAGCUACUCCAUAUUAGCCAUGCAUCCGUAUAGCCGAGACUCCACCUUGCGUCAAUUAAAA